CGAAUUUGCUUUUCGUAGACCCACACUUGUCGAAACUUUUUUGACACACUCCCAAUGUCGGAUUCCAUCAAGCCUACUGCAGCUGCACCUCCCGUCGACACUUCCAGGUGGCCUCUUCUUUUGAAGAACUACGAUCAACUCAAUGUUCGUACCGGUCACUAUACACCUAUUCCUAGCGGCUGCUCCCCUUUGAAGCGUCCUUUGAAUGAGUAUGUUCGUUAUGGUGUUAUCAACUUGGAUAAGCCUGCCAACCCUUCUUCUCACGAAGUUGUCGCUUGGGUUCGACGAAUUCUACGCGUCGAGAAGACUGGUCACAGUGGUACUUUGGAUCCCAAGGUCACCGGUUGUUUGAUCGUUUGCAUUGAUCGUGCUACUCGUUUGGUCAAGUCGCAACAAGGUGCUGGUAAGGAGUACGUCUGUCUUUUGCGUUUGCACGAUGCCAUUGGCGGUGAAAAGAAGUUGCUCCAGGCUAUCGAGACCUUGACUGGUGCUGUCUUCCAACGUCCUCCUCUUAUCUCUGCUGUCAAGCGUCAGCUCCGUGUCCGUACGAUCCACGAAUCUAAAUUGCUUGAAUUUGACAACGACCGUCACUUGGGUGCUUUCUGGGUCAGCUGUGAAGCUGGUACCUACAUGCGUACUCUCUGUGUCCAUUUGGGUCUUUUGCUUGGUGUUGGUGGCCACAUGCAGGAACUGCGUCGUGUCCGAUCUGGUGCCAUGUCCGAAAAUGAUGAUAUUGUGACAAUGCACGAUGUCAUGGAUGCUCAAUGGAUGUACGACAACAACCGCGACGAAACCUACUUACGACGUGUUAUCCGUCCUUUGGAAACCUUGUUGGUUGGCUACAAGCGUGUUGUUGUCAAGGACAGUGCAGUCAAUGCUGUCUGCUAUGGUGCCAAGUUGAUGAUUCCUGGUUUGCUUCGUUACGAGAGCGGCAUCGAGUUGAACGACGAGAUUGUCUUGAUGACCACUAAGGGUGAAGCCAUUGCCCUCGCUUAUGCACAAAUGACCACUGCUGUCAUGGCAACCUGCGAUCACGGUGUCGUUGCCAAGGUGAAGCGUGUUAUUAUGGAGCGCGACACCUAUCCUCGCCGAUGGGGUUUGGGUCCUGUCGCCUUGGCCAAGAAGAAGCUCGUCACUGAAGGCAAGCUCGACAAGUAUGGCCGUGCUACCGAGGAAACCCCUCAAGUCUGGAAGUCUGCCUAUGUCGAUUACAACAACAACCCUGAAAACAAACCCUUGGAGCCUGCAUUCAACAAGCCCGCACAAGCCGCUGUGGCUGCUGCUGGUUUAGGUGCCAAGAUCUCUCCUGCGGCCGUCGCAGCUGUCGAUGCCGCUGCUUCGGCUCCCGCAAGCAACAAGCGUCCAGCAGAAGAAAGUGUUGCAGGUGAGACUGAAGUCAAGAAGGUCAAGAAGGAGAAGAAGGAAAAGAAGGAAAAGAAGAAGAAGAGCAAGGAUUAGUUUAAAGAAGCGGUAUCAUAACUACCACUACCACUACAACAAGGAUAGCAGCAAACAUGUUUAUUUUACACGGAAACCCGCGCAAAAAAGCACACAUACAAUCUGUGAAUAACCCUUUCUCUUUCUUUUUAUCUAUUUUGUCUAUUUUCUCCUUCUAUCUUUAUAUCGCAUCAUGUUUUUUUUCCACACACACAAUCUCACUCAUUUUGUAAUUUUUCAUUUCUCGGUCUA